UUGAAUCCUUUGUAAGAGCUGACUGAUAAAUGCAGGAGUUACUCCUUGUCUGGUAAGGGUCAGGACAGUGACAUUCUCUUAAAAGUCAGUGGUGGGUGAAGUCCAAGCCUACAGGAUGUGCUGGAGGCGAGACACUGUGCAGGAUGUCAGCUGUUCUGUGGAUGGGAAAUACAAGUUGAUCUUAUCACUCCUCAAGUUUAGUGUGUGGCAGGAGUGUUGUUUAUGAUUUGGUGGACAAAGUGGACUCUUGUUGCAAGAUUAUUAUAAUUCUGAGGAGCAGGAAGGAAGAAACCUGCUUCCUAAGGUUUGGUGCCAUAUUAAGUGUAAGAGUAUAAGAGAAGAAUUGCAGCCAUGCAUGGCCGACCGAAGAAGAAAGGCCCAGACCUCAAGUUUAGGUUUGCGGACAAUCAACCUCCGCCACCUGUGGAACCACCACGGAACCUGGACAGCAGAACCACCAUCACCAUGGAUGGGAAGGAGGUGGAUGUGUCUGCAGAUGACCUUGAGCUGCUGCAGGAGCUUGGGCGGGGGGCUUACGGCGUAGUGGAGAAGAUGAGGCAUAGGCCGUCCAACACCAUCAUGGCUGUUAAGCGCAUCACCAGCACAGUGGACAGCCGAGAGCGCCAGUACCUUCUAAUGGAUCUAGAUGUCUCUAUGAGGUCUGGCGCCUGCCCCUACACCGUACACUUCUUUGGGGCACUCUUCAGGGAUGGGGACGUGUGGAUCUGUAUGGAGGUGAUGGAGACCUCUCUGGACAAGUUUUACCCCAAGGUGUUCAACCAGGGCCUGACGUUCCCAGAAGAGUUCCUCGGCAAGAUUGCUUUCUCUGUAGUCAGUGCCUUACACUACCUGCACACAGAGCUGAAGGUCAUCCACCGUGAUGUGAAGCCUUCCAACAUUCUCAUAAACAGACGUGGGGAGGUCAAGAUGUGUGACUUUGGCAUCUCGGGUUAUCUGGUUGACUCAGUUGCCAAGACGGUGCAGGCGGGAUGCAAACCCUACAUGGCGCCUGAGCGAAUAGACCCCCAAGGUGUCCCCUCAAGCUAUGACAUCAGAUCGGACGUGUGGUCGCUGGGCAUCUCCAUGGUGGAAAUAGCCACCGGAAAGUUCCCGUACAAGUCCUGGGGAACACCCUUCGACCAACUCAAGCAGGUGGUGAUGGAUGCCCCCCCUCGCCUACCCCCCGGCACCUUCUCCCCAGACUUCGACAAUUUUAUAGAGCAAGUACUCGUAAAGGACUACAAGCAGCGGCCAAACUAUAUGAGGCUCCUGGAACACCCCUUCCUGGUGGCCCACGCAAACUCCACCAAUGAUGCGUUCGCCGACUUUAUCAACUCAAAUCUACCGCCCACCCAACAGUGACGUCAACCUCCUCUAGCCUAGAUAAUUAUCCUUUUUUUUCCUUGUUACUAAUGACUUUUUGUUUUGUAGAUUUUAAUAUAGAUGAAUUUUUAUCAGAUACAAAUUUUACCAGUUAGGCGUGUGAAGUAAAAAGAAUCCUCAUAAUGUUCUUUCUCUUCUCUAUAUCGUGUCAUGUACAAAUGCAUCUCCUCCUCCUCCUCCUCUUCUCCUUCUCCUCUUGAAGAUUACUAGAUUGUACUAUUGUAACUUGUAGAUGGUUAGGACAGGUCAUAAAAAAAAAAAAAAAAUGUGUUAUUGACUUGUUGAAACUGUGCUGUCUCUUUGUACAUAGUUUUUAGAGUACAUUAAACCAGCUUUUUA